AUGACCAGAACUAACAAAUGGACCGUUCACGAAAAAAAGGCUAACGCCAGAUUCUUCACCCGUAACGGUAACUUAGGUCAAGACCCAAACUCCAUUAAGAAGUCAGGUAACGGUAAAGGUAACUGGGGUAAGCCUGGUGACGAAAUCAAUGACUUGAUGGACAGUGGCGAAUUGGAUGAAAAUAUCCAUUUCUUCAAAAAGGACAGAAGAAACUCUAUCAACAAAAACAGAAACGCUAACGAGGAUGACUUGAGAAAGAUCCAAAACCACGAAGAUUAG